ACCGUAUUCCGUCUAUCUGUUCAGCUCUCAGAGUGAACCCACGCUGUAAGAACAUCAAAGCAGUAGCUGAGAGGAGGGGAGACCUUUUCUGAACUACCAUGGCUCCACAUCCAGUAGUCCAGGCCAUCAUUGAUCUCUCUGCAGGAGCCACAGGGGGAGCUGCGUGCGUCUUCAGCGGGCAGCCUCUAGACACAGUAAAGGUCAAAAUGCAGACCUUUCCUAAGCUGUACCGCGGUUUCAUCCACUGCUUCAUGUCUACCUACAAACAAGUGGGCCUGCGUGGGCUCUACCAGGGCACUAGUCCGGCGCUGAUGGCCAAUAUCGCUGAGAACGCCGUGCUCUUCAUGAGUUACGGCUUCUGUCAGCAGGUCAUCCGCUUCACAGCCGGCCUUCACAGCAAGGCUGUGCUGAGUGACGUGCAGAAAGCCUGUGCUGGCUCAGUAGCGUCCAUCUUCUCAUCGCUAGUGCUCUGCCCCACUGAGCUUGUCAAGUGCCGACUACAAGCCAUGCAUGAAAUGGCAUCAUCAGGCAAGAUUGCCAGUAGCCAGAACACUGUGUGGUCGGUAGUGAGAUUCAUCAUAAGGAAUGAGGGACCACUGGGCUUCUUCCAGGGUCUGACCACCACUAUAGCCAGAGAGGUCCCCGGUUACUUCUGCUUCUUCGGUGCCUACGAACUCUGCCGCACAACUUUUGCAGACUACAUGAAAUGUGGCAAGGAUGACAUAGGUGUGGCUCCCAUUGUGUUCAGCGGCGGUUUUGGAGGGGCGUGUCUGUGGUUGGUGGUCUACCCUAUGGAUUGCGUCAAAUCUCGUAUUCAAGUCAUGUCUAUGACGGGAAAACAGGCGGGCUUUUUCAAGACCUUCAUGACCAUCACUCGCACUGAAGGUGUGAGGGCGCUCUACUCUGGUCUUACCCCCACCAUGAUCCGCACCUUCCCUGCUAAUGGAGCUCUGUUUCUGGGUUACGAGGCCAGCCGGAAGCUCAUGAUGAGGCAGUUUGACAGCUAAAACGGUCCACAUCCUUAACACAAAUGAAGAAACGGCGAAAUAUUAUAGCCAUAUGACCUUAUACGUGGGCUCUGAAAACUGCCACACUCCAUCUCCUGUGAGACUGAAGCAACUCGCUUUUGACGCAGCGUUUGCAUCACAGUAUUACUCUGGUUCUUACAUAGAAGAAUUUCUAGUUUUAGUUUUUUAAUACUUCGGCCACUUUGUUAGGUACAGCUGUUCUGCUGCUCAUUAACCAGCCAAUCGGAUGAUCUGAUGUCGUCGUGUUGGUGUUGUUCCCAGAUCAU